AACGAGGUGCUCGCGCGUGUAGAGGAACUGAGUGAGCGGGGGCAGAAAAUUUCAUUAAUCCAUAUCCAUACCAUUUAGGAUUGAGACGGCUAUUGUUUCAAUGAUGAAAACGGCGGGAAAUCUGUUGAAGCCAUGGUUUUCUGCAAGAAGAUUCAGCUCUGAGAUCUUUGUCACCAGAUUAUCAGGUUACACCACAAAUGAAGAAUUGAUAGAGAUGUUUUCACCGUUUGGUGUAGUCACACAAGCUAGGUUAAUUUUAGACCCAAAAACCCAAAGGCCAAAAGGGUUUGGUUUUGUAAAAUUUGAGUCAGAGGUUGAUGCAGAGAAGGCAUUGAAGGCUAUGAAUGGCAGGAUUGUAAGAGGAAGGCUGAUUUUUGUGGAAAUCGCAAAGACUACGAGACCGGGAGAGGAUGCUACCUGCUGAAAUCAAGCUCAUUUUAUUGGUCUAUUUAUGAAUCACUGUCACAAAUACUAACAUCCAAUGGCAAUGGAAUUAUAGGUUUUCAAGAACAUAACUUACUUUCUUUACUGUCAUUGGUAGCACGUGUAUGAUAAACUCAGAGUGGCUUGCCUAUUCCCUUCUUACAUUGUUCACUCACUUUCAUAAUUUUAUCUUUUGGAGUUCUUGAGGAAUGAUAUGAUCAUUUUUAUGUUCA